CUCUAUAAUAUCAUAUCAAACCUUUGCGUCUACUGUUGAUUAUCAUGUCUUGAUAUAUUCAUAAGUUAUCCUUAUUUUGUAACUUAUAUAUUCUCUUCUUUGAUAUUGUAGUAUGUUAUAGAUACUUGCAUCACCCUCCUCCUCCACAUAAUAACCUUCCUCACCUGGCCUCCGCCAACCCCCUUACCGCCGCCGCACAUACCAUAUACCCCACGCCCCCAGCAACAACAGAUGUCCAUUCACGAAGUCCUCCCCUUCCACGAGGGCGAGACCAGCCUCCACCACACCCUCCACAUCCCCGACAGAGACAACCCUACCCAGCCCUUCCUCUCCCCCUUCGCCGCCAGCGUCCUCAAGCGCUCCCCACUCAUCGCCCUCGGCGCCCUGGACGAGCAAGGCCGCCCUUGGACCACACUAUGGGGAGGCGAGCCAGCCUUCGCGCGUUCCAUCGCCCCGUCUGUCAUCGCUAUCAAGUCGAGUAUUGCGCGCACACAUGACCCCGUCAUGGAGAUCCUGCUUGGUGCUGCGACGCCGGGAGAGGUGGUGCAGGGGGGCGAGAAGGGUGCGCUGAUGAGUGGCCUGGCCAUCGAUCUCGAGUCGCGGCUGCGAGCAAAGUUUGCGGGCCGUAUGAUAGCUGGUGCGCUGCAGGAGCCUGAGAAGGACAGUGGUGCAGCGGAAGUGCAACUGGUGAUGAAGAUUGAGACGAGUUUAGGCAACUGUCCCAAAUACCUCAACCGCAAAACCAUCACCCCCGCCCUCCCCACCCCCUCCCUCCUCUCCACCUCCCUCCCCCUCCCCCCCGCCGCCAUCUCCCUCGUCCACGCAGCGGACCUCUUCUUCCUCUCCUCCUCCCACCCCACCUCCCCCUCCACAAACCACCGCGGCGGUCCCCCGGGCUUCAUCCGCAUCCUCACCAACACCUCAACGGAACUAACCCUCGUCUACCCCGAAUACUCCGGUAACAACCUCUACCAAACCCUCGGGAACUACCGUCUCUCCCCCCUCGCCUCGCUGCUCAUCCCCGACUUCGCAACAGGGAACGCGCUGUACUUAACUGGUCGAGUGGACAUCCUCAUUGGCCCCGCCGCCUCCGCAAUCCUCCCGCACACCAACCUCGCUAUAAAAUUCACAGCCACCGAACACCGCUUCAUCGCCACCUUCCUCCCCUUCCGCGCCACCCCAAUCGAACCAUCCCCCUACAACCCGCGCGUCCGCCUCCUCGCCACCGAGCAGCCCGCCGGCGCUACAUCCCAGCCCGGGGCCGCAGGCACCGCAACACUUCUUUCCCAGACAAGCCUCUCGCCAAGCAUAUCGCGCUUCCGGUUCCGGCUCGAUAAAGCUGCGAAUUGGAAACGGGGGCAGUAUGUCGUACUCGAUUUUAGCGAUGAGUUGGGGAUGGGGUAUAGUCAUAUGAGGGAUGAGGAUCCGCAGAGCUUGAAUGAUGAUUUAGUGAGGACAUUUACGGUGUCGUCUUCUCCGCCUUCGGUGGAGGCGGAAUCAGCGGCUGCGGAGUUUGAGAUCACGAUCCGGAAGGUGGGACGCGUGACGGGGUUUUUGUUUAAGAGGGAUGGGGGGAAGAAGGGACUUACGAUCCCGGUGUCGGGAUUUGGAGGGGAGUUUGUGGAUGAGUCUACCGAGGGGGUAAGGGAGAAGACGGUGUAUAUCGCCGGUGGAGUCGGUAUCACCCCCUUCCUUGCCCUGAUGGGCUUGAAGGUCGAUAAGGGGGUGACGCUCUUCUGGACCGUACGAGAAGCAGAUCUAGGGCUCGUGGCAGAUGCAUUAGAGAAGAUCGAAGGGCUAGGUGCAGCACUGAAGUUGUUUAUCACGGGUGUGAGUGCAGAAGGCGGGUUGGGGGGAAGAGUGGAUAAAGGGGAGGUGUUGGGGAGGAUUGUGAAGGAUGGAGGGGUAGUUUGGGAGAGGAGGAUUGAGAAGGAGGAUUUGGUGGGGGAGAAAGGGGGAGCGAGGUGGAUGCUUUGUGCGGGGAAGCCGUUGAGGAGUAAGGUUUUGGAGUGGCUGGAGUGGGAGAGGGUGAUGUGGGAGGAUUUUGAUUAUUGAAGCGGGAGUUUAGGGGAGGGAUUUGUGUUGGUCAUGAGGGUGCUGGGGGUUUCGAAAGGGGGAAAUGGGUAUAAUAGUUUUCAUAAAAUAUUUCGGG